GCCCUUACAUUGAAGCAAUUGCUGUUGUGAACAAAAUGUCGAAAAAUUUGGUUUUGAAUUUCUUUUUUGCAUCAACGGGCUCAGCCUCAGGGGCAUCUGGCUCCUCGUCAAAAAAUUUCUUUCGUUUUCGGAUCCGAUUUUCUGGCUCAGGACUAAAAUCGUUCGUUAAAUCCGCAUCUAUUGCGAGGACUUUUGCUUGUGAAAUAUAUUUCUCGAAGGAAUCUUCACAGUUACGAGAAACGAGAAAUUCAGUUGUCCUUUUCAACGAUGAAAAUAGUUAUAUAAAAGAAUUUCAUAACAACGUAUAAAGUAUAAAUCAUAUUUGUAGCAUCAUAGCAUGCCAUUCAUUUUUAAUUUAAAAACAUAUCUCAUAUUUUUUGAGGUCUUUUAGGGGCUUUUUCUCUUGCGGCGCUUGUGUGCAUCGCGCACUUUGCACACGUAACCAGCCGGGUCUGUGUACAUACAUGUUGUAGCCAAAACUCAAAUUCAUCUCUGCGAUCGGUGUUCGGUAGGGGACUAUCCACAAUAUGUAUGUAUGUUGUAGUCAAAACUCAAACUCAGCCAAAUUUGAAAUUUGGCUAGCCAAAACUCAAACUGGGGUUUUGGCUGGGCAAAACUCAGACUGGACAAAAUUUUAUCAUCAUGCGCUUAGUUUCGUUGGUAAAGGGUGGAGAUGCAGUUUAGGGCUAACUUUAGCCAAAACUGAAAUUUCGACUAGAAGUUAGUCAGAAAAUGGUAUAUUUAUUUUUCUUUCUAUUUUGGCUGAGAGAAGUGAUGACAUUAGUUUGUAAGCUGACUAGAGCAUGGGCGAAAAAUGUAGAAAGACUAUAGAUGCUUCUAACGACCAGAAAGAUGAGUCUUUUUUUCUUUUGUCAUUGCGUUGUUCUAACUGUACUAUGUACCUUAUACAUUGCAUUUGAAUUCUUCUCGACCGUUGUGUACAUAUAAGGAUCAAUGUAUAAAUAGUCACAACUGUUGGUUGAUGGUCAUUCAUUUUUACCACGGUUUUUUACGUGUUUCAUUCGAGGAAGACCCAGACAUCCUCAAAGUCAAGGCUGUAUUGAACGUGCCAAUGUUGUUUUAAGUAUUGCAUUGGGUAAAUGGUUAGAUAUGAACAAUUCAGUUCAUUGGUCAGAUGGUCUGCUACCAGUGACUUAUGGAAUCAAUACAAGAGUGCCAUCAACGACAAAAACAACACCAUAUGAAAUAAUGUUUGGUCAACGUCCACGAUCGGAUUCCGAUUUUUGGAAAAUUGUAAAAGAAUGUGAUAUAAUGGAUGAAGAACAAUUACCAACUCCAAUUGAACGCGCUGAUGUUGUUGUUGAUGAAAUUGUUGAACAAUCCACCACAAAUGAAACUGUAAUUGAUGAUUUUGAUAAACAAGAAGAAAAUGAUAAUUUAAAUAUAGAUAACUUCAUUCCUGAAAUGUUUCGGCUUCUAAAUACAAACAAUGGUCCAAAUGCAGCUAGUGUUCUUUAUCAUUCUCUUCUUGAUCUUUCACCUUCUUCUUCCUAUGAUCCUUAUCAUCAACCACUAGGAACAGCAAAUAAGAAAAGAAAAGCAAACGAUGAACAUUUAUUUAAAUUAACUGAACAAUAUAAAAAAGGAGAUUGCCUUGGUGUGAGAAUUCAUGAGGUUGAUAGAACAAAUACAGAUCCAAAAGUUUUACCAUGUAUACUUGUAGCAAAAGAAAAAAAAGAUAACGACUUUAUUUUUCAUUUAUGUUGUCAAUAUGGUUUGUUACAAAACAAAUUUUCAAUCGAAAGUAUUAUUGAUCUCAGAUCAGCUUGUCCUGACGAAUUGAAAUCACUCAAUGUAUUUGAACUUGAUAAAGAAAUUUCUUUAAUGGAAGCAUCUAAACUCUUUGUUCGUGGUUCAGUCAGUGGUGCCACUUGCGUUUGUAAAUGGCAAUGUGCAACCAGACAUUGUCUUUGUCGAAAAGCAAAUGUUGCUUGUUCUACGAAAUGCCAUUCAAAACGAGGUGAAUGUCAAAAUACAAAAUGA